CAUCAUCUAAAAUUUGACUGCGAUAUUGUAUUGAAACUCUCAACUCUACUUGUUUAUUCAAAUAAAGUCUUUACUAAAUUUAGUGACAGAUUGUUUAGUUUAUUGUUUUAUUAUGCUGCAUUUAUAUGUUUCUAUUUAUUUAUUUAUUUUUAUAUAAAAAAGUUUCUAUAAAAUGUGAUGUACAUAAAAUAGAAAUGGGAAAGUUUGCAUCAGAUCGUAAAGAUGGCAACAUUUAUAUAAUUUUUUUACUGAAAUUGUUAUAUGAUAUAAAGGAUAAAAUUUUCAGAUAAUGAAUAUUUGAGAGAAAGAAAUCAAACAUUCUAAGAGAGACUGUAAUAAACUAUAAUGGAAAUUAAAUAGUUCUAUUCUCUUUUCAAUCCGAUGUCAUUAAUACGCGCGCAUAAUAUAAAGGGAGGAUAUUAAAGUAGGCCGUCGGUCCGGUCUGUGCGAGACCAGUUGCAAUAUACACUUGCUGUAUGCGAAAAGUACGUGUCAGGGAAACACUGCAGGUGUGUAUGUAUGUGUACAUGUGUAGCGACAUUGGAAAAAUUCCGUUUGCACAGCUUGUCAGGAAGACAAGACUGUCCACACGUGCAUCGUCCCGGAAAAUGCCAAUGAGGGACUGGAAUAAAGAUGAAAUGGAUCUAUCACAUGUAUACACACAAAAGAGCACAGAGUGAUUCAUUUUAAUGAUACUAGUUCAACAUUACUUACCCGCAAAAAGUGGCGGCAGCCUAAUUAUUAAUACGCGAUUAUUUCUUCCGUAGUUUAAAUAUUGUCGCAUAAAUAUGUUCUAAACGUACAUAUUUACAAAAUCUGAAUCUAUUAUUAUACCAAACACAUCUAUAAAUAUACAUCUCAUAUAAAAAGAAGUCCCAUAUUAAAUUUGACUAAUGAAUUUGACUUUUUAACGUUUGCAUAAACCGGCAAAUUUCUUAAUGUUAUUUUAAUCUAAUUAAUUUAUAGAUUUAUUUAUUAAUUAAAUAACUGUAGUUAUAUAAUAGUUAUUCUUCGCCAAUCUUAAUAAUUGAUUAAUAAAUCCAGUUUUUCAAAUGUAUCCUUGUAAAUGUCAUAAAUAGAAUUUGCAAGUAAUCAUAUUUAAUGUAUACGUUGCGGAUCAUAAUAUUUUUACCUGCAGUCAAGAUUAGUUGGAUAUAUCAGUUAUUUAGAGAUUUCGCGUAUCAGAAUUGCGGUCGACAUUGAGUUCUUAUCUCAGCUAUGCGAGCUCGUAUAUUCUUGAUAGGUGAGGAUGAAAGGAAUGAUGGAUGUAUACUUUCAUUUUAUAUAUAUAUAUAAAUGUAAUAGCUCGUUAAGCUCAUUGAGUAAACAGCACAAAAACUCGCAAUUCAUAUGCGUUUAAUCCUGAGAGUUGGCAGGUGAUGUGUUCGGUAUAUUUGAAGCGGUUAUCAUUGCCGAUGAUAAAUAGUUUUUAUCUAAAGCCUCAUGUUCUCAACGCGCAUAAUUAGCGUUAAAUAAAUUUACUCGACACUAAAUUUUAUUUUUGUCUCAUAUAAAUUUCAUAUCUAGAACAUUAAUCUUACGAUUUUUUUAUUUUAUUAGGUGAGAUAAUAUAAAAAAAAUAUAAUAUAAAAAAAUAUCUAAUUGGAAACUUUUUUUCAUAUUUGCUAUUUAUUACCAUAAUUUAUAAAUUUUCUUUAAAAAUAAUUUGUUGUAUAUUUUAGACAAUAACAGUCAGGUAUAUAGCUCUGCGAAACGAAUAUAUUAUAUCUAUUCAAAUUUUAGACAAAAAAUACUACAGAUAUGUAAAUCGCAAAUGGCGCAAGCACACGAGUUGAGUACCUCUUUAUUACGAGUGACAAUGAAUGCGGUUCGUGUCAAGUGUGUCAAAUCGCCGCACACACAGGUGCGAAUCGUUAUAACCGCACAUGGGAAGCUGUUAUUUCUCCGGCCUAUGCAAGCAAAGAUUAGACGCGGGAUAGAAACAAUAAGCGCAUAAGUUAUAGUGGUUUCCUCCACGACUGUCAGUGUACAUCCAAACGCGUACUGCGACAGACGACAUUGUUUUGCGACAUACACGCGCUUCAUUGUUCUAUCUUCCGCAUACUAAAGUAUUCUCCGAUUACGUAUUACGCUAUCGCCUUGCAAAAGACACGUGAAUUAAGUGAUCGAUAAGAUUUUAUUUGAAAUAUUUGCUGACUUGAUUUGAGGAAAAUGCAAAAAAACUCUCAAUCGUGCAAUGUCUAUUGUUGAGAAAAUUAUAACAUAACAAAACAGAGAUGAGCGAAGAUAAAAGAAAUGUCUUUGAAAUGCCUUAUCCACGAUGGAACCCUGCAAACUCUUGGCAUCCUGUUAUGAUUAAUGUUCAAUCGCCCAAGAAUAACCUGCGUAGGUUCGAUCCUAUAAAGAACGACAUGGUGGCACCUGAAAUGCUGGCGACUGUUGUACCCCCAUCGCAGACCUUCAACCCUUCUACUGAUAGUCUGUACGCAUCGAUAAGGCCGAUUAUUAUGUUGGCCCAAUAUUUUUCCAUGUUUCCGGUGUGCGGUGUCAAUAAAUCGGACGCUUCGUAUCUUCGAUUUACAUGGCGAAGUCCGAAGAUUCUCUAUACGAUAAUUGUUUUCCUGACAGUGUUCCUCAUGUCAGUUUACAAUAUUUUGUGGAUGCUCUCUACAGGGGCAAGUUCUACCAAAACGACGACCUUUGUUUUCUACAUUACGAGCCUUGUGACUGCCGUCCUGUUCGUACGAUUGGCAUGGCAGUGGCCUUGCUUGGCGUUAACUUGGGAGAAACUUGAGCGCGAACUCGCUUCCAGAUAUCGAAAAAUUUCGAAGACCACUCUCGCAACUCGUUUCAAAAUCGUAACUGUUGUUGUCAUGUUGCUUGCAUUAGUGGAACAUAGCGCUUCUGUGGUUUCUGCAUACAUCAAUGCGGUAGAAUGUGCAAACUAUCGCGGCGAUACAGAUAUCAUCGGUAUUUACUUUCAAAACGCUUUCCCUCAGAUCUUCUCAAAAACGCCCUACAGUCUCUGGAAGGGAAUCCUGGUCGAAACUAUAAAUAUCCUUAGUACAUUUUCAUGGAACUUUGUCGAUCUAUUUCUUAUUCUAAUUAGUAUAGCUCUGGCAGGUCAAUUCAGACAAUUGAAUAGUCGUCUCUAUUCGAUACGAGGAAAGGCCAUGCCGGAGUGGUGGUGGGCUGAAGCAAGGAAUGACUAUAAUCAUUUGGCGACUCUGACACGCAGAGUGGAUUCUCACAUUUCGUGCAUCGUGCUUCUGUCUUUCGCUACCGAUCUAUAUUUUAUCUGCAUCCAACUGCUGUUUUCGUUCAACCCAAUACGCGGUAUUGUGCGGAAGAUCUACUAUUGCUACUCCUUCGGCUUUUUACUAGCAAGAACAAUGGCGGUAUCUUUGUAUGUGGCUUCCGUUCACGACGAGUCUCUUUUGCCAGCACCGAUUUUGUACAGUGUCUCUGGUUCUAGUUACAGUAACGAGGUCUCUAGAUUUUUGACGCAAGUAACAACAGAUAAUAUAAGCUUGACGGGAAUGAAGUUCUUCUCCGUAACGAGAAGCCUUGUGCUAACCGUCGCUGGAACUAUCGUGACUUACGAACUGGUUCUGGUACAGUUUAACUCCGUUCAGCAAGUGGAUCAAUCGAAUAUUACGAACAGUUGCGAGUUUCAACAAAUAUAACCCGAGUUACAUUCUGGAGAAAAGCGAACUGGAUGUUUCAUCAGCAUUUAAUUAUGUUGUUACAAAACGAUACGUAAUGUUGUUACAUAUUUUUACAUUUAAAUGCGGAGAACACACCGUCAUCUGCAAAAAUGGAUGGAAAGUAUACAUGUAUAUAUGUAUGUAUAUGUAUUUUGUAGUAUGUUUUAAUACGACUGUAAAAUCUAACAUAGCAAUAGCCUAUAUUAUUAUUUUCACUGUUUGAUUGAUAUUUAUUGCAAUAAUUUCUUAAACAUUACAUAUGAACAAUUAACCACACACACACACACACAC